CGCUCGUUCGCCUCGACAGGUUCGCGCAUUAUUUUCAGCGAAGGAUUUUGAAGAAAAAAAGAUCGCCGAUCAAAGAUUCACUCGGAGAAGAUUACUGGUAUGUAACAGGUAAGAGGAACGCCGAAAUACACCUGAACGUGGGAACGCUCGAGCAAAACUUGUGAUUCAUCAGAGAUAAGCGAACAGAUAACGAUUAUCAUUGACUCCUCGAGUCAUCAGUCCCUUAAGGUUCCGUCAGUUCGAAGAUGAAGAGUGAAAUUUGUCAGACGAUUAUACUAUUUGCGAUCUUUGGAUCGCUUUCGUGUCUCGAAGAAAUCGUGGAAGAAUACGAGAGCUCGAAGAUUGGUGAAAAAUGCGAAAGGGACCGCAAUUGCAUCAGGUACGCCUACUGUAGGGCGCAAAUGACUUGCCUCUGUGAUCCAUAUUACUCACCGACCCCCGAUAAGUCGAUGUGCAUCGCCAGUGCGGGAUUGAGUUGUUUUAACGAUGUUACUUGUCAAACGAUGUCAAACGCGGAAUGCAAACAAGGGGUGUGCACUUGCAAAGAUUCCUACAUUUUGGACAUCAACAAUUCAUCGAAUUGUAUCAGAAGACCGACGAAAGUAGACGAUCAUUGUCAGAGGAACGACGAUUGUCAAGAUGCUCUUGGCCGUGCAAUGUGCAUCAACGAACGUUGUCAAUGCAUCUCGUCCUAUCAUUUUGUCAACGAGACUGGCCAAUGCGUUCAAGCACGACUUUUGUACCACUCGUGCACGAGGGAUUAUGAGUGCGUCAGCUUCGACGAUGAAAACGUCCUUCAGUGUAAAAACGGUGAAUGCGUUUGCAAGGAAGGCGAGCCUGGUUGUAGUAAAGGUUCUUCGUACGCGGUUAUUGGAAUCCUUGCGAUGCUUUCGGUGCUUCUACAGAGAUUGAUUUAGGACCAGCAAAGUUUACUUCUUCAAAUUUCUUCAUUCUUUUCCCAGUGAUUUACACAGGAAACAAACUGAAAAAGAGCCUUCUAAAUCAACGUAUUAAUUGUUUGACAAACUUGUAUUCAUAAAUUUGUAUUUUAAAAAGACUAUGAUAAAUGAAAACUUUUUUAAUUCGAUGCUACUGUCAUCUAUACAUAAACGGCUCUAAGUACUCGAGAA